AUAACCGGAGACCUGGCCCAAUAAAAGAAAAGAAACUGUUGCGCUUUCGCAGCAAAAAUAGGAGUCAAAAUGGGAAGGAUCGGGGACCUUGGAGUGGAUCCAACCAACGGCCAUCAACUACCAUCCUUUUUUCUGAAUUUUACCGAGAAAGGGAAAGAAAAAAGGUGGGAAAGUGAAAGGAGAAAGGAGGGUUUGUUCAGUUUGCGGGGGUGUGGAAGAAACCUUUGAGAGGAAUAACACGAUUUUGGUUGACGCCAACUGUUCUUUCUCUCUCUAUCUCUUUCUCCCUCCCUUUUUGCUGUUCGUCUCCCUGAAUUCCUUUCCCAGUUUUUAGGGCUAUGAUGGAUUGAAGCAAAAGGGGUAGAAGUUUGCCAAUAUAUUUGGAGGUCGGUCGCCAAUCAAAGAAAUGAGUACAGGAUUUGAUUUUUGCCCUCUCUGUAACAACAAUAUUCGAUAUAUGAUGCCUAAUAUCCCAGGGAAGAGUAAUCCUCAGGUAAUUCGCUGAGAAAAACUGCUUUUGGCAUGCACUGUCAAAGCCAACUGCAUGAGAAAUUAUAAAAUGGCUGUGGCAGUUGAUCAACAUCAUGAAUUCAAGCUUUACAAACGAUUCCAGAGAUGCAGACUCCUGUCUUACUCUCACCUUGACCACAACAUCCUUGAACUUGGCCACACUAAAUUUUCCCACUCAUUGAAACACGCAUGUGAAGUUGCUAAUUUUCAUCGAAGUUUGUCCACUCCAUGCCUAUCCCUAACCACUACACUUGAGGACGAAUUUGAGACCAACCCAAGAAUUGAGAUUGUCGGUGGCUACAAGGCCCCAAGAGUACGUGCUCUUGUGGUCGAAGUUGCCAUGGCUAUUGCCUCUGGUGUUGAUCCUCUACCCGUGUCCAGUGGGCUUGGUGGUGCUUAUCUUUUACGUAGCCAAAGUGGGGACAACAUCGCUGUGACAAAGCCCAUAGAUGAAGAACCCUUAGCCGUGAACAACCCAAAAGGAUUUGGGGGUCUCAUGCUUGGCCAACCUGGUAUAAAACGCUCAGUUCGGAUAGGUGAAACUGGUAUCCGAGAGUUGGCUGCAUAUCUCCUUGACCAUGGUGGGUUUGCUGGUGUUCCUCCUUCAGCUUUGGUCAAGAUCUCUCAUGUUCCGUUUCAUCUUAAUAAUGCUGCAACAAUCUCAUCUACACCCUAUAAGAUUGCGUCUCUGCAACGUUUCAUAGACCAUGACUAUGAUGCAGGAGAAUUGGGCCCCUCAGGAUUCUCAGUUGCCUCAGUUCAUCAGAUUGGGCUUUUGGACAUCAGACUUCUAAAUCUCGAUAGGCACGCAGGGAAUAUACUAGUUAAGAAACAUGAGCGCAACGGCUAUGCUGUUGGAGCUGCAGAGUUGGUUCCUAUUGACCAUGGGCUAUGCCUACCUGAGUGGCUUGACGAUCCAUAUUUCGAGUGGCUGCACUGGCCACAGGCCUCAGUUCCAUUUUCUGAAUCUGAAGUUGCCUAUAUAUCAAAUCUUGACCCUUUUAAAGAUGCAGAGCUUCUAAGAACUGAGAUUCCAUCUUUGAGGGAGGCUUGUAUCCGUGUUCUUGUGCUAUGCACCAUAUUUUUGAAGCAAGCUGUUGCCUCUGGGCUUUGCCUUGCUGCGAUAGGUGAAAUGAUGUCUAGGGAGUUUCAUGCUGGGGAGGAGAAACCAAGUGCAUUGCAGAAUGUCUGUGCGAAAGCCAAGGCUUCUAUUCGUAGCACAUUUGAUGGCAAUGAAGACAAGAGAUUAACAGAAGAACUUGGAGUCUAUCAAAUCAACAGUGGAAGUGAAGAUACUUGCUGCAUUGAUGCUGUGGAUAUUCCUCAAGUCCCACCAGGCAAUCCACCGAUAUCUAAGCCCCAAAAGGUGCUAACAAUUUCAAAAUCUGCAGGAUCCAUCACCAGGCUGCCUGAUUCAAUGCUGUCUCCACUGUAUCAGGAAAAUAACCCCGAUAAUGAUGGUUAUAGUAUUAAGGCAAGAGAGGGCAACAAUGGUAGUGAUGAUGGCAAUAGCGAUGUUAACCAUAAGGUGUCGGGUUUGACGAGGAGUAAGAGUUCCUCAGGUCACAAUCAUAAUUAUGAAACCUGGGCCAUCUCUUUUGGAGACAUGACCGAAGAUGAAUGGGAACUGUUCUUGAAGAACUUCGAGAAGUUUUUGCCCGAGGUGCUUGAGAGGACAAAAUUCUUGAGGCAGAAGCAGAGGUUGGGAACCUCUUGCAAGUUCUGAGAGAUGUUUAUUAAGACGGAAGAAGAUUGAAAUCAAUCCAAAUAUGAAUGGUAAAGUUUGAUGUAUGUAUUGAAUGAUGUACAUUAUUUCCAAAAUGACCUUAGUGUGUAGGCUUGUAGAUAAAUGCCACAGGGCAUUGGUGGACUAGUGAUUGGUACAAUGCCAUCCUUUCCAUUCUUACCCUCUCUCUAACAAAAACUGUUGUUGCAUAAGGCUUUGCUCCCGGAAUGUCAGAAUUCUUAAUGCGGCUGUACAUAUUAUCUUCAUAGAAUUAUCUAUGUCUAUAUAUUCUCCUA